AUGACUUCCACUUAUCAACAACAAUUAUCAUUAUACAUGAUCGUAUAUAUUAAACUUUCAUUGACAAUUAAAAAUGUUAAUGCAUUUGAAUAUGCUCAUCCAAGAAUCAACCAAAAUAUUCUUAUUGGACCACAUAGUAUCUACGCAUAUCCAGGUGAAACAAUACAGUUUCCUUGCAUUGUUUCGAAACAAUUCGAUGCUACUGUAACAUGGUGUUGGAAUGAUUUUUGUACAUUAGGUAAAGCACAAUUAGUACGCCAUGAAGCCACACACGAUGGUCUAAUAAGUAUUUACCAAUAUGCAGCGUAUCCAAAAUUUCGAUUAUCUAUCAAUGAACGUCUUAACCAUUAUAACUUAUCGAUUACUGAUGUAUCAGAUAAAGAUGAGGGAAUCUUUCAAUGUCAAAUACAAAGAACAAUGCGUGCACACGAAGCACGUUCAGAACGUGUUCAUUUAACUGUUGUUGCUCCGCCAAUGGGUCAACCAAAAUUAUUACUUCCAAUUAUGCCAUUAAAACAAGGUCAAUCAACAAAUAUAACUUGUGUGUCAUCUCCAUCGAAACCGGCAUCUGAAUUAAUUUUAUAUAAAAAUGAAGAAAUCAUAAAAAGUGAAUUAUCAUCUGCAAAAUAUGUUUAUGAAUUAGACAAAGAUACAAAUAAAAAUGUAACUAAACUGAUUUAUACAAUUGAUGAUCCAGAUAGUAGUUGGCAUAAUGCAAUUGUAAAAUGUAAACAAAUUUAUGAAUUUGCAAACAAUCCUCAAUUAUAUGUUAUCGCAAAACUAAAUGUAUAUUAUAAACCACGAGCACGUAUUGAAUCACAAAAUCGUUCUCCUCUAAAUAUUAACUCAACAGCAACAUUUCGUUGUAUUGUUCAUGGAAAUCCCGAACCUCAAUUGAAAUGGUUUGCUAAUUCAAUGGAUUUAACAUCAUUAACGAGUCCAACAGUUAACAUCCCUUUAUCCAAACAUGUACAUAAUCAUUCCAUUGGAUGUACAGCUAUAAAUUCAGUUGGUAUGACUAACACAAGUAUUCGAUUAUUAAUUCGAUAUCCACCGACAUUUAUUGUUCGUCCACCAAAAUUUGUUGUUGUGGAUUUGAAUAGUAAAUCUUCAUUGAAGCCAACAAUUCUUCGUUGUAUAGUUGAUUCAUAUCCUCGUGCGAAAAUAACUUGGCAUCGUUAUGGAGAAAUAAUAGCGAAAGGUUUAUCAUUUAAUCUUGAAAAUAUAACUAAACGAGAGCAACAAGGGAUUUAUUCGUAUCGCAUUGAAACAGAAGGUUUUGAAACAAUUAAGAGCGAUUUCAUUAUCUAUAUGAAAGGUAAACCGUUAAUUUAUAUUCAAGAAUCGAAACAAUACAAUCGAUUAUUUGAAUGCCAAGUUUAUUCAUCUAGUCCGAUUCUUAGAAUAAGUUGGAGAUUAAAUGAUCAACCGAUUGCAUCUUCCGAUCAGUUAUCUAUAUCAACUACAUGUGGCGAUUACAGUUGUAUAUCAAAAUUAGUCUAUGAUUAUCCAAGAAUAAUUCCAUCAUCAAAGAUUCUUAAUCGUUUAUCAUGUAUAGGAGAAAAUGAAUUUGGCAUUGACCAAAGUCGUCUGUAUCAAAUGAAUACAUCUGAUGAUCCAACUAUAAUUUUACUAUCAAUUAUAUUAAGUACAUUUAUAUUAAUAGUUUUCUUCUCUGCUGUAGCUAUAUAUUGUUGUUGUCGGGUACGAAGAAUUCGAAAACGACAUAAAUGUUUAAACAAUAAAAAACUUCCCGUUGUUUAUGAUGAACAUUAUUCAAUUAAUGAACUUAUUAAAGAAGUUGGAUCUUUAAGAACGUGUAAUACUUCAAUGAACAACGCUGACAAAUUAUCAUUACAAAUGGAUUCAACAGAUCAUUUAUUAACAACAUCGCUUAAUAAUCACAAUACAAAAACUGUAUUGGAUAACUUAUCCAAUGAAUCAUCAACAAAUAGUUCAGGUUUUCAUUCGAAAUCCACCACAACUAUAUUCAAUAAUGAAUAUAGCCCAAGAUUACCCGAAACGGUUGACGUAAAAUUUUCAGGUAUAUAUCCAUUGUACACAUACCAUAUCAAAUGA